AUGUCGAACAUUAGCACUGAGGAAUUACUGAAGCGACUUGAUGACCAACAUCAAGCUUACCUUGAGACAUUUAGGCUUGUCCAUGAAGCCUUGAAUAAUAAUGUUAUCAGUGCGAGUACUGUCAUUGCAGCAACACCGGGUCCCAGUUCCAUUCGCACUUUUACGAAACGACGAAGAAGAUCUACCAAGGACGAUGGUGACAUACCAGAAAUACGACCAUCAACACUUCACAGCUCUGUCUUGUCAGGAGAUAGUGACGAUAGUGAUGACGAUGACGAAUUAUAUGUUCAGACACCGCUCAACUCAUUUCAAUAUGGUGAGGAACAGUUACGAAAGCAUUUCAGAUCUUACAACUUCACGGAUGCUGGACACACCAUUCUAGAAACUGUGAUUACGAAGAAUGGAAGACUUCUAGACCCUGUUCUGUUCCCGGAUUAUCAUAGAGCCGAUCGAUUUCAUAACUCCCACUAUUCUGUGUUUGAUGUCGGAAAAGACGGAGCUCCUUUAUCGAGAAAAGAUGUAGUCAAACCUGGUACCACUAAGAUUGAUUCCGCUAUAUGGCAAGCGAUUAAGGAUUUGAAUAACGAUCCCGAAUCACUUCGGCCAGCUGUUGGUAGGAUAACAAUCGUUCGAGAGCCAUCUCCUGUCAUAUUCGGCGCCCUGCAUCUCACAUUGAAUAAAACUUUCGACAUGGAUGAAUUAUUCAAUUAUCUAGUCUCUGGCGAAGGUACAUCUGACCAUAUUCCAAUAUCGAGAUGCAAUUCAGUCGUGGCUCUCUCCUUAUCUGGUGAACCAAUCCGAAAAUUGAGAAAUCCCGCUAGGCGUGCUAGGACAGACUAUGGGUAUGUCUAUGAUCCAUGGGCAGCAUGGCAUGUUCUCAACAUACAAUGUUAUCCCGACCAUCGCCAUACUAUGGAUGUUCAUGAUUCAACGAAACAUUAUGUCAAUGGACCAGAAGCAUUCCUUCAUACUCUUCUGUCAGAAUUCAAAGAUGCCGAAAAGAGAUUCGAGGCAAUAUAUAUGAAAAUUAGCAAGCUUGUGUCACCACCAGCCGAUUUUAUGUUUGAUGGUGAACUUAGAGAUAAGUUACUUUUCGAAGAUGAGGAAUUUACCUACUCCCGCCGUUAUUUCUGGGCCUAUCAAACACUUGGUCUAUUAAAGAACGGACUAAAAACCAUAAUGGAUAGCUACGAAGAUACUUUUACCGAAGAUGUUUGGGAAGGAAAACACAAAACACUAUGGCCGAUGUUAGAUCCGGACUCUCACCGGAAUAAAUACUGGCAAAAACGUAUGCAGAAACUAAAGCUAGAUUUCGAUAAGCAGAUGGCUAAUCUCUUCAAACUUUACGAAGAAACGGAUGAGAAGAUGAAGGAGAUUAGAACAUUGAGGGAUCAACUCUUCUCGGGUACAAGUGUUUUGGAAAGUAGGAAAAGUGUGGAGAUGGCCGCAGUGACAAUAUUACAAGGUCACAAUAUUAAACUAUUGACUAUGGUUUCAAUAUUCUUCCUUCCACUUACAUUUGUAACGUCUGUCUAUGGUAUGACAAAUAUGAGCACUGUUCAGAAUUUCACUCCAUUUGGAAUAACGAUGGUAACUGUUUGCGUUCCAUUUUUCUUCUUAGUUGGAGCACUAAACACAACUAGUGGGAUGCAGUUCUGGAGAGUAAGAUGGUAUAGAUUUUUGGGAUGGUUUGGACAACAAGGCAUUCACUCAUCGUCUUCAUCUUCAGCAACAAAGCAAAAUUCAUCACUGAUGGGAGACCCCACUCAACCCAAUCCAGUUAGCAGUGCGAGCGCCGUAACAAUUGCCAAUGAUAAAGACAAACCUCUACCAUAUACAUACUCAAUCACUACAGCACAAUCUCUUGCAGCUCGUAAGGAACUUACUUCAAACCUUGGUCAUGAUUCCCCACCAAAGUCACCGUUUGCGCCGUCAACCACACCUUCUGCCAAGACAGGUCCGAGACCUAGUUUAACGAGAAGUGCGAGUUGGUGGGAUAUGGUUUUAAAAAAGGGAAAGAAAACCAUCAGUGACAAAGGGAAGGACUUCGGUGGGGUCUGA